AUGCUGGGUCGUCUUUUCUGUCUAGGCAGGUUCCGAGAGAUUCUUACACGUGUAAUUCAGCCGUUUUUGUUCAUAUACUUUCCAUCGAUCUUCCGAGUAUCGAAGCGGUGAGUUCUACUGAACCGGCUCCGACCACUACAGCGAGCCCGGAUACGCCCCCAAAGUAUGCUGUUAAGGACGGCGACAACUACUGCAUUCUAUUGCAAGGGAACUUACACCUGUUUGUCCCAUACAUAAACGUAAGCCGCUGAUCUCAUGAACACACACAAUGCCUGAUUUCGUGGCAUUGUAUAAUCUAUCUGGUUCUUACGUCCUUAUAGAUUGCCUACGUUUUGUAAAUUCAUACUUUCAUUUUGACAGAACCAUAUGCCGAUUGCGGGCUGUAUCCUCUGAGACCCCAUCCUUAGACUCCUCAUGUAGGAAAAUGAGAAAUUCAGGCCAAUAGUUGCUGGAACACGAGUAACAUUUCGAAGUAUAGGGACAUUAGUUUCAACAGUCGGCGUCCCUUCUUAAGGACACUGACUUACUUUCGUAUGGAAGAUGUGUUAAUGAAUGCAGUUUGAUUACGUUAUGAUCGCGUCUUUCGACAUCUAGCGGUGGGUGCUGCAAUGUUGCCUACGCUCAAGAGGGAAAUAAGACCAUGACGCCGCGAGCUAUCCCGAUGGAAAACAAAUAAUUCUUCGAUGCAUUUACGAAACUCCGCGCUAACGGUUGUAAAGAAGAAUGGAGCGAAAUAUGCCUGUUUGAAGACGCCUGAUUUUGUAGUUUAAGCAUCGCACUAGGGCCUGGGUUACAAGGCGAUAAGCUGGGCUUCCUCAAGUAUAUCUUUACAGAAUUCCCCUUGUCAUUUUCGUGUUGGUUAUACAUCGUCACAGAACACCAGAAAAACCUCAUUGUAAACCCUUGCUCCUUGUCGGGUCAAUUUGUAUGCAACACGUUUCGCAUAGUUAGUUUUCGGAGACUCUCAUUAAGGCCUUAUCAAAUCGUCAGCAUCUUGAUUUGUAUCUGGUACGCAUUUCCAAGUCAGCCGUUUACCUAGAACAGGCUUGUGCACACAACUUUGAUAAGCUAUGUAAAUCAAUUUGUGCCAGUCCUAGGCAACGCGAAGCUCUGUCUGUACAGGACUGCGGCCAUCUCUGAAGCCGGAUAAAUAUUACAGGCUAGGGCGAAGUGCAAAGCACGCUGUACUCAUACUUUGCAUGCAUGCCUGCACAUCCAGCGGAAAUCCAGUUCUCGAACAGACUUAAGUGAAUACUUUCGAUUCUACUGCCGUGUCAACUUGAGCAUUCCGGCCUCCGGCGACCUGGUGUUUUGCAGGAGGUCGGAACGAACACUUGGUGGCCUCGGUGGUUCCUACAGCGAGGUCCAUAAACCAAAAUGUCUAUACAGCGAUUUCAUGAUCCACAGGGGAAUAUGGCAGCCUGGUCACCAAAGCAGGUAAAUAGAAACCCGACCCAGUGGUGCCGACGAAUGGUAUGUGAGCUAGGCUACCCAACCGAAGACUGACUCUUGUUAUUGAAUGCGGAAAUGUGCUAAGGUUCCUGGCCCCUUAUACCCAAAACCUGACGACACACUACCACUACAACUAGGAUGUCUGCUGCCUAUUUGAAUCCCCGACUCAAGCUUGCGGGAGGUCAAAAUCCCCUCAGUAAACUCUUAACUCGCCACGUAUCACAGCGGGCCACGCGACUGUUCUCGUGGACAGAGUGAAGCGAUCGCUGUCUCACAACAAACGAACCAAGCACUGCUUUCGUGGGAACCCCGGCUGGCUUACGUAGAACAGGAGAGACAUUGUAAUCUUUCUGUCGUCUCCGUGUACGCACUAUCAUCACCGACCGACCAGUGCAAUAAAGAAAUCAACUUGCAGCUGCAAGGACCCACUCCACGUGAUCAUAUAGUUGUUGCUGAAACCUGGAGUGACCGUACUGAACCACGCGACUGGUUGGCCACUUUGGGCCGAUUCCUCGAUGCGACAACGGUAACAGAAUGCUGAAGUUCGUUGACCAGAACCGGCUAUCUGCCACUAUGUACUUCCACCACCGCCGAAAAUAUCUGCUGAUCUGAUAUUCAAACGAUGGUCGUACGGCCGGCCAAAUUUUACUGCACCCUAAACAGUUUGAGGUUCCAUAACUCGAUUCAUGACCGAUGCUUGGUGCCAAAACUGGGAAUGCCGAUGGGUCAGACCAUGCUCUUGUUCUCACAUGCUUGGAAGUCCACAUCUCAUACUUGCACAAAUCACCACAUGCAGGAUGCUUUGAUUUCACGCAUCUAUUACAGUAUAACACACCCGGGGCUCUGAUCGCAGAAGUCCGCUCUUAUUUUGCCUUUCUGGUCGAAGGGACUCAACAGCAAAUGGUCAUUAUUGGAAUUCCCCGUCUGUUAGGCUGCUGGGAGAUUUGUCUGAUUCACUCAGUGGCGCCGCAGUGAGUGAAAUAAUUAAAAAGCCUUCCAAAUUUCUGUCCAUAUAACCUGGACUAGGUCCUGCAACGGUGCUUUAUUCUGUCAACUCUGGGGAAUGACGUCAAAGUCGGCCAGAAGUGACUACUUUAUCUUGACAUAACUACGAAAAACUCGGCGCCUCGGUGGGAUUCGAACCCUCAACAGCAAGAGGAGGCUUUAGUAUAGCUGAUACUCUAGCCACCUGAACUACGAGACCCAACCGACAGACGUGAGUUUAAUCAAAUUUGGGCCAACUUACCCGCCCAACCUACUGCAACUUCUGGAAAUCUGAUAGAGUAAGCCGACUGCCAAAGCACGAUUUCCUAAGUAAUCCAUCUAGAAUCGACCAGGUGACCACCAGGCUCACGUACUCAGUAGGUGUUUUGGCGGAUUUUGAAGAAUUCGUUUUGACCUAACUGUGAAAUGGCUACAAAAAUUAUUGGGCUGAAGUGGUCUCCUCUAUGGAGCCGGCCUCAAAAAUUGGUGACACUUGAGAAUUUCUGCUGAACUAUUUGCUAAGCCAGCUGCCAGUGCUCUUCACUAAGUUACUGUUCGCGACGUGCGUGGUCGCUUCAUUGCUUACUACUCGGCCAAAGCGGAGCUCUGGCGUAAGCACUUCGGACAUCUCAACCACCGACUCCUCUCAUCCUCUCCUUUACGACAGAGUUGUAUUCCUCUAGGCCUUUGUACUAUCGUUUGAACUCUUUGCCCAGAAGGAAAUCGCCGAUGCAGACGUCUGAACAACAGGGCGCCCGGAGAGGACGGCAUUUCAUACAUUUUAGGUCCACACUAUGGCGCCCUGGUUGAGCAAGCGUGAGGAGGGUAACAAGACAAGAUGCGGUAGCUACCGCUGCGCAAGUUCCAUUGACGCUGCAAGGGUUUUUGCCAUUGUACUUCUCAGGCGGUCUUAUAGUGCACGUGACUUUGGACCGAGACCCAACAAAACCGGCAUCCUAACUGGAUGUGGGUACACGGACCGGGUAUUUGCUUUGCAGAGCAUUUGUGGACUUCGCCUUGCCCAUCGCCAACCGAUGGUCGUCUGCCUUGUCUACUUCGCUGCCGCUUUCGACUCACCCAUCGCAAGUAGUAAGAAGUAGUGGAAUUAGAUGGUGUGCCGGCCGGACUAGGGCCUACUGUCGCUUCUCCACUGUCCACGUUCUGGUCCAUAGAAAUCCUCCUCGACCGUUCGAUAUUCAAUCUGGCGUUCGACCAGGUUCCAUUUUGUCGCCCAUCCUGCCCAACUUCGCCAUUGAUUGAUUUAUCAGAAGGACCCUACAUGGUGUUGACGGUGUAGAAUUUGCACCCGAGCGUCGUCUGACCUCGACUACCCUAACGAUAUCCCCUUGCUUGCCUGCAGAUCGUGCCGUCGCAGAUGAAUGUAGUCGCCAGAUCAGCCGAGUUAUCCAUAAGCUACAGAAAGACCGGAGUGUUUGCGAACUUCAUACGUGGCCAGAAGAAUGGAGUCCGCGAAUUAAUAGCCGUCGACUUGAUGGGGUGAACAGUUUCAAGUACUAAUAGAGACAAUAAGGACGACAUCGUCUUCCGAAUUUAUGCUGCUCACAGGGUUUUCCACGAUCCUUCGGAAGUGUCCUUGAAUCCCACGUGAUAUAUCUGUCAUCACAAAAUGUACGUCUACUUGGCAUCCGUCUGACCAAUUUUUCGAUUUGGAGCUGUGCGCACCACUGCUUGAGACAGUUCACACUCGCCGUGUCAACAUCGCGAGGAUAUCUUAGGCCACCAAGAAGGGCGAUCUGGGUGCAUUCUAUUGGUUCAGUCUUGUUCCCAUUAACCCCUAACCGGUGUCUGUGUGGAGACGCUGCAAAGGUUAACUAAAAACCUGGUUCAAUACAGUCUGUAAAUACAUGGAAGUGGUUUUUGGACUUCAGGUACUUAGUCGUCGCCACUGGAGAGGUGAGUGGAUCUAACUCCGAAGAUCCGAUGUCGCAGGCCAUCAUACGUGGAGAGCCACAAUUCGUAACAUCAAGGCUAACUAAAUCGAGCAUGAUUAUAGGUGUUCCAGAUACAAAACGUCGGCGAAAUACGCGUGCAUGGGCUUUCUGCUAGUACCUGUGCUGUUAGUAUGGUAUCACCUUACCCUAAAGAUACAAGUAUCGUCAGCUAGAGGCAGUAGAUUUAUGCAUAGGUAGCUGCUAUUUUUGAAAAUCUUAAUACAUACUUGUUGCACUUCCCUGUAUACCUAUUAAAUCCCCGCAACAACAAUUUUGCACGUCACGGCAUGCCUGACUUCAACACAGCACUUCACAGGCAGUUCGCUACAUAUCACGAUAUGCCAACAUUUUAGCUCACCGAAACAACUACGAAAUGAAUAAAAACAUCACAGAACCGCUCGAGUACUGUGACACUGUUGCAAUUUUUGGUGCCUAACGCCCUACUGCACCGCUAGCCAUAGUCUGGCGAUCGCGGUUCAACGACACCUCUCACUCGUCCAGACUUUUCAUUGCUGUUAAGGAGUCCCUACUUGCAAACAAGUAAUGUGCGACUUUCAUAUGUAUCGUCGGGGCCCGUAAUGAGGAUGCAGCCAUACCGGUUCCUGGAGAUUUUGUAGCGUUAUUCGAGGUUCUCAAUCCAGGAAUUGGCAUGGUCACAGAGGCCGGGGUCUUGCGGGUGGUAUUCCCUGUUCCAAACUCAGACUUUAUACGGGGACGGGGAGGGAUUUUAGCUUUCAGUGCAGCCGUAACAAACCAAACUCACUUGAUAACUGUUUAUCAUUGUCAGUUCACGACUCCGUCUUCUGACUUUGCGGCAUUUUGCAUGAUAGUCAGUGGGCCGGAAGGUUAGGUCGCCACAUAUUUCCAAGACCUAGGAAUGUUAUUAUUUUGUGACUACCCCACGCCGUCACUACUUUUCUGCAGCAGCAUUGUGCCAGCCUGGAGUGUGGUUUGAUUUCCUUGUCUGCCUCCCUUGAUUUCGCUCUCAAGUCUCAUUUUACAUUAUACAAUAACAGUUUUGUUCCCCACCUUCCACGUAAACGCACCAUUUGUUCGAAGAGUUCACACGUCAUCCAGCCUUAAUUUACUUUAGUCCAAGAGUGAGAAUGUUACUGCGACCAUAUCGGUGGACAAAUAUGCAGCCGUAUUUGGCUCCUGUGACGCGACAACUCAGACCCUCAACCUCACAUGGGGUUCGCUCGGCCAGCCAUCGUUCAAUCUUUCUCUGACCUUCUCCAAGUUGCCCAUGUCAGCCUCGGGCACGGAGGAGACUGUUGUGAGCUCAGUCUUAUUCAUCUACAAUGUCAGCGACCCUCUCUUCCCUGACAAUAAGGAAACUGGUACGUCCCUUCAUCUGCUCCUCACAUUUUCCCAAUCACAGUCUGAUUCAGUGGAAAUUAGGCCAUCCCCCCUCUCCCCCUCCCUCCCCCCGGGCGGCGUCCAUCGGCACCUGUCGCCUGACCCCUAUGCUGAGGGCAAGUCGUUUGGCUCAGUGUACGCCGACUAAUCGAUCAAAACGCCUCGUACCGCUGCUGAGUCUAUAUACUGUCGAUGGUACAGGAGAGACGAAGAGUCAGCCAGUCAUGUCCCCAAAACUCCUUACUGAAGCUCGCCUACAUAACUAACUCGUUUCAGUCUGAUAAACGGAGCUGGAUACUCAAGUCCGGGUAUUUUUAGAUAAAAGGGAAGGUUAGCUGGGGGCCGGGACCAGCUUUUGCUUUUGUACAGUUUGUUGUAUGCUAACCUGGAAGCUCGUUGUGGACCAAGAUCAAUCUUUGCUGAAUUAGACUGAUAUCAAGCCUCACAAUAAUCUAAGACCCUUUUGGUGGGUCCGGAAAGUUUUGCCGCAUAGGAAGUACCAACAUUCCAACAACAUGAACACCGGAAUGGGUUCUAGUUUGUGCUAAUCAUCCUUGUUUUGAGCGUCGAUGUGCCGUCUAUUUGUCUGUAAGACCAUCUAUUGUCGGUGUUCCAUUAUCUGGGCAUUCUGUUGCGUUUGCCUUUAGUCAUUGUCAUUUAACACCCUUUAGGGGGCCCGUAUUCAAUAGGCGUCGCGGUACAGACGAUUUUGGAGAUUUAUUCGCCGUACCUGUUCGGUCUGUGGUCAUUCAUAUGCUCUGCUGGUCAGUCUUUAGUCGAAAAGAAUACGUUAUGUCAAUCCCGGUUCACUCGAGGGCGAGUGCGAUCGAAGAGUCCAGUAGUUAACCAGGAUCGGGCGACAAGUUUACUCACCUUACAGCCUUUUAUUGUUGUAGUAUUGGAUUAGGCAGUUAAAAAUUUUUAAAAAUGCGCAUUUCCAAUUGUGGAUUGGGAUCUAUUGAUGCAUCUCGACACCGACGGCAACCAUGACCCACUUUUAUAGUUGUUACAUCUCAGGUAGGCGAUGCGUCAUGUAUGGCAGAUUACGUCACUAUGGUUUAUGCUUCAAGGUUUGUCCUAGUAAAAAUGCUCUUUUAAGUAGUUAAAAAUAAUAAGUAGCAUAUACAGAAGUCUUGCCUUAUCCUCUCGCCCGAAAAAGUUUGCGCAUCUUGUGCUUGUUACGCUUGUCACAUGGUGACCUGGCUUAGUCAUAUUCGUAGCCGAACGAUUGACUGUCUCGAUUGACGAAGGAGAUGAAAUCCCGCCGCAAUUUUCAACCGGGACAGGCGCGCAAGUAUAGUACAUUAUGGUUCUGCCGACUUCAUUUGCGAACUCCUUGGGAGAGUUGGUAAUCGUCGAAGGAUUCUGUAGCUGCUUGACCUAACAUGAACGGGCUUCCCAUCCUAGAUCACCGAAUAAACUGUCUCGUGCGCGCCGACCAUAUCGAUCCUGUUUAUGGCCAGCAGAGUUUCCUCGGACGUGUGCAUCAUACGCUUCAGAUAAUGAGAAGUCCGUAUCAUGAAAGAUAGUGCUUCAAGCGUGAACUCCGAAGCCGCUGUCUGAAAGUUUAAUUUGGCCGAUCAGUCAGCCAGCCAGCAACUUGUGCCUUUUGACUAGUCUCAGGCAUUUGACAGUAUUACAGCAUGUUACUCCUAAUCAACCUCUGUCCUCUUUUCUUGAUUCAGGCAUCAGGCGGGCGGCCGGUACGGGUCCCUAUUUCAACACGCCUUCCACGGCCUUCUUCACCUGCGCGCCCCAGCAGAACAUCACUCUAGCGGGCGAUCCUAGUCCGAACGUUUUGUUUGGCCUGGCGGCUCUGCAAAUGGAGGCCUUCCGAAACUCCACGAGCACCGACUUCUCCGGUCAAUGUAAGUCUUUUUUCUGACUUUGAAACUGCGCUCUACCGCUCACUCGUCCGUAACCUUCUCUUCUGACCCCAGCUCUAACAUGCUGCCACCCCAUGCGGCACUGCAUGACCGCGCUGUCUUUUCGGUCAGGGCUCUGUGCUGUGAAAACCCAAGAAAUGCUGUCUGACAGUUUGACGACAAAAAGACAGACCUACCAUAAGUGGAAGUGAGCAUCGCUGCUUGGUGGCGAACGGGAGGGUUUCUUUCUUCACGCCCUGAAUGAUAAUUUGACUCGUGGGACAAAAGUGCCCGCCUGGCCUACGUUAGUCGUUGACAUCGGUACGGGGUCUACUGGCGGCUUAUAGUAGAUUUUUGCGUGUUUCGGCUUCGAUUGGUACUCAGAUAUGGAUCGGAGAUCUUAACGAAUUGUGUAGGUAACCUCAUAAGAUUUCAUUGUGCCCUUUGUACUUACUUGCGCUUGGUACGGCUGCUAUCAUGUCUGAUCUAGUCGGCCGUGUUGAUGUCACGGACUGUGUACUUCUUCAAGCGUGACAGUCCGCGGCAGCAGAUCUGGAUAACUCAACCCAUUUUCUUCGCCAGCGACGGAGGCAAAAUACCGAGGGUCCGAUGACGUUGUCACCGGUGUUCUAAUGCAGUGGACAGAAAAGACUCUAUGAGGACACGUUGAGGACGUUCCCAAAGUACUUCUAAAUUAGCCGAGACCUGGAAAACACUUGCAGAGGACCCGCGCACAUGACGAAUAGCCAUGAAAACUGGGAACGGCCAUCUUUACCACGAACCAAAUAAUGGAGAAGGGAACAGCACGUAAGACAGGAGUGAUGCAAACCAGUUCUGCCAACGAUUAUGCCUUCCCUUUCAUCCUUCUGCGCUGCCAGCUGACGUUCAGGAUUCGGAUCGACUUAAUCAAACACUUUCGGAUCCACCACGCCCAAUCAAGCCUUUGCACUAUAGAACGUCACCACCAAUGAAAAAACUACCAUCUGCCUUCACUGUAACGUCGUGUUCGCAUGUCGGCUCGUACUGGCUGGACACCUUCACGCACACCCCCCCCCCCCCCCCUCCUCCAUAGUCAGGACGCCGCCAACACCGUGCCAAAUGUUUCCGUUGUGAGCACAUAUCGCAACCACAUGUCGGCCUGUCCAAGCAGCUGUUAAACCAUCGCAACACAACUGACUAACGCCCCAUCUGGUUAGAUGCACACACGUUCGCUGCUCAGGCGUCUUCUGACUUUGCUAGCAUCAGAGACGAUGACCAAAUUACUGUUUGCGCUCCGCCACGUAGUAGAUGCGCUAGGCCAACACAGGAGCUAGAUUGCAGUCAGGUGGGUGUUACAUGGAAUGCGCACCCAUAGCAAAUGCCAACAGUGAGGGAGUCGUGCAGGCCCACGCUGUGCCAAUUAGGAUUCUUGUCACCCCCUUUUCUUUGGUUGGGUAAGAUCCUAGUCAGUGUACGUUUUGAGCCAGACAGUGUGGUGGUACGCCUAGUUGCGGGUUUCCGCUGUACCAUUCACCUGCGCCCUCUCCCGCCUCCGGUAUUCUUGACUCUGCCAUGACACCGGAUCCGGGCGGAUGAGGAGGAGGGAGUGCGGUAGAUGCUGCGCAAGUCUGCUGUCGCUAUUAACUAAUUCGCGGCCAUGUCGCCGUCCGUGCUCGGUGCUGUGGAGCACAUGGUGGAUGUCGUCGGAGACAGCGGCCGAACUAUCGUGCUGCAAACGUUGGGCGAAGGUUUCCACGUCACAUCAACCGCUGUGCUCGGUUUUAUCAGAGUCGACCGACAGGCUCGGACAGGUCACUGGCGGGGGUGAGUGGGGCUGAUGCGGAAGUGGCCUUGCCACGGCAUGCUAAAAGUUGUGCGUCAGGAGAUUGCCAACUGUUGGGAUAGCUCAUUUCUUUGGAGAGUAGGACUGUCUUGACAACCUAAAGAUGUGAUAUUUAGAAUUCUCACUUGUGCAUUAUCCAGUACUCCCCUCGCGCAUGCUGCAUGUGUCGGGGAAAGCGGACAAUAAACUACGUUGAUAGCGAUUUUGUCUUUCGGGUCGCAAUAUGUUCCUGGUGGUGUAACGUCAUAUGGUCUAUCCGCGAAAGACUUUUUGCUUUAUAAGAAACCCUCAAGCACGUGAAACGCUUCACUCCCAGGAAGGUGGUACGCGUUAUCGACUCCAUAGACGCUUGUUCGGAAGUGUAUGUGAGGAUCAGUUAGCUAUUGUCUUCCUCAGGCCGUUCCCGCGAGCUUGUCGCAGACACUUCCGUCUUGUGGAAGUGAUGGAAGAUCAACUGCCGGUAGAGCUUAAGAUACGACAAAAGAAGUAACAAAGGACGGGACUUGGAUCGAGAAUUAUUUUUGCGACGGUUUUUCAUAUUGUGUAGGAGCAGGUUUUCUGUUAUUGAAAUCCGUUAUUCGGUAGUACGAUUGUAGAAUCUUCACCAUGUGUUCCGGUUUGUUCCUGCAUGCGAGCCAUAAUUCCAGAACUACCAGCGUCUGAUUUCGUCUAGCCCCGUUUUUAAAUCCGUUGUUUAAUGGCUACACAAUAGGUGCGACUGCAUUCCAGAAAAUAGGCCAAGUACGUCUCCACAUUUCAGUGCGUGAAAUUGCGCCACUGGUAUUUGAGCUGUCUUAGAUGUUAGGAUGGUCCACGAACUCCAUAUAGGUAAAGUCGGCUGCAUUGCUUACCAGAACAGCCAAACUUUAGUCACGGUCGCGGAUAGCACUGUUUAACGAGGGCCAGUGAUGUGCACUGUUUGCCGAAAUAAGUGGGUUUUCGUCUACGUAAUUAUCACUUAUAGUCCACUCAGUUAGGUGAUACUGUCAUACACCGAUGUUCCCAGAGCUAGUGUUAAACAUCGUUUCAUCCUCUAUCCCAGAAAUAGCAUGAGUAAACCAUGCAGGCGGGUAAGCUUGCGUGAACUACAGUCAGUCAUCAGGGGUCAGAUGGUGACAGGUAACCUCUGUCUGUCGAAAGGCCUCUAUGCACGGCUUCAGUUUCUGCUCAGGUGUCUCAAGAGCAACCUUUUGCCAAAAUGUGUUUCAUACAAACUCCUGGUAAAGGCUUGUAUGAUUUGGUAGGGUGUUAGAGUCUGGAGGGCAGUCAGGUCCUAAUUAUGUCGGUGAGGAAAUCGCUUUUUUGGUCAGAAAUGUGAGGGAUUAUGAAGGCGUCGCUGAUAGCAAGCAUUCAAGUAUUGCCGUACGGUGAGAAAUCACCUGCCUUCAAGAGUUGACGAAAUAUCGUACUAGGUCUUCCUCCUCUACCCUACAGCUUACUACCAGAACGGACUAGCCAAACAUGAUCCAUUUUUCGAAGCAGACGCCCUCCGAGAUUGGUGAUUCACGAAUCUUGAUAUCCUUGAAACAGUUAUCUCAAGACAUUAUCGAUAAUCUUGGAUGCAUUCUACUAGAAGUUUGCGUUGUAAUCUCUGCCUGUGAAGUUCAAUCACAUCAUUGCCGAUUGAAACAAUAAAUAUGCCUGGAAUCUCUAGCCAGACCCAUUUUUUCCCAAACCGCUGUCUUCUAGAAGGGGGAUUAGGCGAAUUGUGCGACUGUCGCGACAUGACAGUUCGACCUUAGUGACCGACAAUGCCCACCGUAUGCUCCACAGCAGGGUGAGAGCAGAGAAAGUGAUUUGCGUGUGAGUUAGUUUAAAUUAAUAGUGGACUCGUGCAUCAUCUGCCACAAUCUCUCCUUCAUCUGAACCCGCGAAAAUCCAAGCACUGAGGACUCGCCGGCAACAGCGGGCUUUGAUUCCGGUGGGGCUGUAUCCAAUGCUGCACUUGGACUGACCAAUUUAAUUUUCUUCUUCAACUGCUCCUCCAAAAUCGCUAUCUUUUCCGUAUAUGAUUCGAGGAUUGUUUCAUUGUCUCCAACAGGGGUAGAAUAUCUGUCCAAAUCAGAAGCUGACAGAGAUUUCUGCGACUCCCGUUUCUGAAUUUGGUUAACUUUGCGGAGUACAUUUGACCGCCACCUGUUGGCAUGUUCGCGUAACUCACACAGAGUCUGUUGAACCUAGCCGCUUUAUAGCCCGUCUAGAUUCAGUCGCCUGAGUUGGCUUACUUCGUGCCGCCCGUACGUGGAAACGGUGUAAAUGAGAGCAGAAUUGUACGGAAACACGGUUCUAUAAUUGGCAUGAUUAGGAAACUCUAAAUGCUACACUUACAACCAGAUGUCUCCAGGCGUACAGUCAGAAAGAUGUGGCGUAUAGUCCGAAGGUUAGUGUCAAGUUACGCGGGAAGAAGACGAGAGAUUCAAACAAAUAGUACGAGGGUUGGAGAAAAACAGAACGACGUAAUUUUCCGAGGCAAAAAAGUGUACGCUAAAAGGUGUCAAAAAGGGACAACAUACAUGGGGCCACACAAGGGGGAUUAGGCGAAUUGUGGAACUGUUGCUACCGACAAUGUCCACCGUGUGCUACACAGCAGGGUGAGAGCAGAGACAGUGAAUUGCGUGUGAGUUAGUUUAAAGUAAUAGUGAACUUGUGCCGCGUCUGCCGCAAUCACUCCUUCACCUGGACCCGGUGUCAUGAUAGAGCCAAGAAGACCGGAGUCCAGAGAGGACGAAAGUGGUCGUUGCGACAAAAACCCGCACCUAGGCACACCACCAUACCAGCUCGGGUCCCACGAAAAGGGACUCACUCUAACAGCCUCCGGGGCGGGGCGAGGGAAUGGGGACGUGAGUUGUUGUUUUUUUGAUUGCUUUGACCGCGAGUUUUGCAUCCACGAGUCACUCAUACUAGCAGGUGGUGUGGCUCUCCAGCACUUUUUAGGACACCUUUUCUAGCCACUCCCCAGCGAGUUGGUAAGCAAAACUAACCAUAUAAAUAGGUCUUUCUCAGGACUGAAAGGCAGGCUGUAAUAAUUCCUUCGCCACGUGGCCUUUAUGGCACUCCAACUGAUGUGACUCCGAGCCGUCCUCGUGAAAGUCUGGUCUACGCUAUGGGGCCCAGGUCGUGCGUGUCACACGCAGGCGGCUGUUUAUCUUGGCUAGCCACUACGCCUACGCCCACCUCCGAUCGUCUUAACACUGAGUAAAGCUUACUUAUAUGGCUCCCUAAACAGGACAUGCGAAUUGGGAUGCUCUACUUUAAGUAAUAAAGCUUGCCCUGUGCAUAAUUCCAGGAAAAGCAAAUAUCGCCUUGUCUUCACCCUUGCGACAGUUCGAACGUCGUUGCCGACGAUGUCCACCCUGUGCUCCACAUCAAGGUGAGAACAGGGACGGUGAUUUGCGUGUGAAUUAGUUUAUAGUGAAUAUAGACUUGCCGACGAUGUCCACCCUGUGCUCCACAUCAAGGUGAGAGCAGGGACGGUGAUUUGCGUGUGAAUUAGUUUAUAGUGAAUAUAGACUUGCACAGCAUCUACCACACUAUCUCCUCCUCCCCACCUGGGACCGAUGUCAAAACAGAGUCAAGAAGACCAGAGGCGGGGAGGGCGUAGGUGGGUGGCACGGUGGAGCCUGCACCUUGGCGCUCCGCUCCACACCCCCUGGUCCACACAGCAAAUGACCAGGAUUUGACCAACAAUAACAAUGGGGGACGGCGAGCGUCCCAGUGUGCGCGACGUCUGCCGGCAACCGGGUCUGCCACCGCAUCCCGAAAUGUGUUGGCAUUUGUUAUGGUGCGCGAAUCCGACAGCGCCUGCCAGAAUCCGAUAUGGCCCCCGUGUUGGUUCAGCGCAUCUACCACGUGGCCCGUUUGUGCCCCACCCUGGCCCUAACAUAAGCCUAAACUGUGUUCCUAGUCUUAACCUUAACCCCACCCUGGACCCCAUUCUGGUGGUUAACACUAAUCCACAACUUUAACCCCAAAGUUGCUCCCAACUUCCCUGACGUUAACCUUAGCCCUAACUUUAAACCUUAUUCUCGACCUACUCCUAAACCUUACCCUGAUUUCCCUGGAAUUUGGCGCAAAGCCACCUGUAUUGCUGGUGGUUCGUGUUCUCAUGUUCUGCCUAGGGGGUCAUAUGAGUAAUCUUUACCUGAAGUUGUCCUGUCAUCGGAGCCUGGUGAAUGAGGGAAGAGUGGUUGCGAUAGAUUCAGCACAACUCUACCCUACCAUAAACUAAUUCGCGUGCACGUUACAGGUGCUGAACCCACUUGGUGGGGCACGCGGUGGAAGGUAUCACUUUCGGCGGUCGAAUCGAUGGUUUCUCAUGUGCGUACUUUCCUUGUUUUUCAGCCUUUGACUGCGUCCCAGCGGUUCCCAAGGACAACACUAUUGCCAUUGCCGUCGGUGUCUGCUUCGCUGUUCUGAUUGUCCUUGCGAUUGUGGUGUUUUUGAUCGGCAACAGGCGUCGGGCCCAUGGCUACCAGAACAUCUAG